AUGCCCCGAUGGAAAGUGUUCCGUAUCUGGAAUGCGUGGCUAGGCGAUCUAGACAAGGUUGCUAGUGCGCAGGCGCGACUGAAGCGGCUAGGGCUAUGCGAUGGCAUCCAGUUUCGAUUUGGUGGAAGGAUUGGCAAUACCCUGCGCGCGCACCAGUUGAUUCGAUGGAGUGAGAUUCAUGAUCAAAAAGAAGAUCAUAGUGGCAGUGCCACCGGCGACACUCAUAUAACAACGGGUGUUGUCGAGGGUAUCUUCCGCGCUCAUUUUGAAGAGGAACGUGACAUCAGUGAUAUCAAUACCUUACUACAGAUCAUAGGACAGAUAAAGCCGGGGCUUGACAUCGAUUCAAUCAAGAUAUGGUUGGGACAGAUCAAGGAGUACCAUGGAUACGGCAAAUGGCGGAGAGGUCUAGGGAGGAAGGCGUCCAUGGAGUACCAUAUUUUGAGAUAG